AUGACCGACGACUUCGCCGACGUGCCAGACUCGACAGACUGGCUCUCGACACCCCUCGACGGCCUGGCCCCCGUCGAGGCCGCCCUCCGCUGCCAGGUCUGCAAGGAUUUCUACAAGACCCCGAUGCUCACGUCCUGCUGCCACACGUUCUGCUCGCUCUGCAUCCGCCACGCCCUCGCCAACGACGGCCGCUGCCCGCUGUGCCGCAACACGGACCAGGAGCUCAAGCUGCGGAACAACUGGGCCCUCGACGAGAUUGUCGGCGCCUUCCAGAACGCGCGCGCCAAGACCCUCGAGUUUGCGACGAAGCCGCCGCCGGCACGGCGAGCAAGGCCACGAGCGUCGUCGCCGAAACGCAAGCGCGAGAACAAGGACGGCGACGCGGCGGCGCCCGAGCCGAAACGGCUGCGCAGCUCGGCACGGCUGAGCGGCAGCAGCAGCAGCAGCAGCGGCGCCGCGCGGUCCCAGGAACCCCCGACCCCUGCGCGCGAGGUGUACCAGAUUCCCGACUCGGAGGAUGACGAGGACGAGGAGGGCGGCGACGACGGGGACGGGGAUGGGGACGAGACGUACGAGCCCGAAGAUGGCCUCGUGCCGUGUCCCAUGUGCCAGACCCGCAUGAAGGAGGAGCAGGUCUUUGCGCAUCUCGAUAAAUGCCCCGGCCCCUCGGCGGUGGAAGCAGGGAGCACGAGGCCAGGGCGGGACAGCGGGGGCGGUGGUUCUCCGGCAGCGCAGUCGGCGUUGCCGUAUGACCAACGGGCGAGACAGCCCGGGGCGAAGGCUCUGGAUAGGCUGCCUUCGCUGAACUACUCGAUCCUGAAAGACCAGGCCUGCGGAAGAAAAUGGUCGACCUCGGCUUGUCGACGGGCGGCUCUCGCCAGAUGA